ACUGGGAAGGAGACAGCUCCCUCCCCCAACACAGCGCGCGACUCACGUUCCAUGGUUCCCCGGUUAUUGAUAACACAAUUUGCCCGCUGGGAUUCGUUCUGAUAACGUGAACUCGUGGAAAGGGACUUUCACGCAAUAAAACGACUGUAAGUCCGGAGAGGAAAAACGACAAUUGUUCUUAAUUAUCGCAUGUAGCAAGCUGAACCCAUCCCGUACUUGACAACGCGACAUCAACCAGGCAGAAAGGCCUCCCCUUCUCCCUCUGUACUCCCAUCCAUCCUUGGCUACUGUGUUGUGGGACCCCCUGAUGAGUGGGACCUGCCUCCAUGAGCCCCGCGCCCCCUCCCCCUCUCUCUCAGGCUUCAGCACCCCCAUCUCAGAGCCCCCCUUCCGCAGGUUGGAUGCAGACACCCCUGCCUGCACCCCAGAGACCGACCUGACCCCCACCCAGUGUGUCCUCCGCAACGUGUUGUCCAUCGACACCGGUGGAGCACCAGGGGUGCCAGGCGGGGUUGAGGGGUGCCCCCACACCUGCGGCAGCAGCCCCACCCCUAGUGACGGGCCCCCGGCCCACUUUGACAACAGUGUGCUGAAGUUACACGAGCAUGAGGCCUGCCAGUGUGGGGGCGGGGCAGAGGCGGGGCUUAGCUCGGAGGCUGGGGCCGUCCGUAGCCAAUCAGACAACAUCCGAAUGCAGCAAGGAGGUGGAGGGUUUCUGGAGGGGCUGUUUGGCUGCCUGAAACCCGUCUGGACCAUGAUCGGGAAAGCGUACUCCCCCGAACACAAGCAUAACCAGGAAGGUGUGUGGAAAUCCUGGGAGGUUCCGUUUGAAGAGAUCUCGGACCUGCAAUGGGUUGGCAGCGGGGCCCAGGGGGCAGUCUUCUUGGGGAAGUUCCACGGAGAGGAUGUGGCCGUCAAGAAAGUCCGGGACAUCAAGGAGACGGAGAUCAAGCACCUACGCAAACUCAAGCACCCCAACAUUAUCACAUUCAAGGGUAUCUGCACCCAGGCUCCCUGCUACUGUAUCCUGAUGGAGUACUGUGCCCAGGGCCAGCUGUACGAGGUGCUGAGAGCAGGCAGGAAGAUCACCCCCUCCCUGCUCAUUGACUGGGCCAUGGGCAUCGCCGGGGGCAUGAACUACCUGCACCUCCACAAGAUCAUCCACAGAGACCUCAAGUCCCCCAAUAUGCUGAUUACCCAUGAUGACCUAGUGAAGAUCUCUGACUUCGGCACCUCCAAGGAGCUCAUUGAUAAGAGCAUGAAGAUGUCCUUCGCUGGUACGGUGGCCUGGAUGGCCCCAGAGGUCAUUCGGAAUGAACCCGUAUCGGAGAAGGUGGACAUCUGGUCGUUCGGGGUGGUGCUGUGGGAGAUGCUGACCGGGGAGGUCCCCUAUAAGGAUGUGGACUCCUCUGCCAUCAUCUGGGGGGUGGGCAACAACAGCCUGAACCUCCCUAUCCCCGAGAGCUGCCCAGACGGCUUCAAAAUCCUCCUGAGGCAGUGCUGGAACUGUAAACCCAGAAAUAGACCCUCUUUCCGUCAGAUCCUUCUCCAUCUGGAUAUAGCCUCAGCUGAUGUACUCUCCACCCCACAGGAGACAUACUUCAAGUCUCAGGCUGAGUGGCGGGAGGAGGUGAAGCAGCACUUUGAGAAGAUUAAGUCUGAGGGGACCUGUCUGCACCGACUGGACGAGGAACUGAUCAACCGGCGCAGAGAGGAGCUCAGGCACGCUCUGGACAUCCGGGAGCACUAUGAGAGGAAGCUGGAGAGGACCAACAACCUCUACAUGGAGCUCAACGCUGUCAUGCUGCAGCUGGAGCUCAAAGAGAAAGAGCUGCAGAAGAGAGAGCAGUCUUUAGAUAAGAAGUAUCCAGGUCUGUUCAAGCACCACAGCUCCAGACAGACUAGCUCUUCCAACUCCAUGGACAAACUCAUCAAGAAGAGAAAUGUCCCACAGAAACUGCCCUCUGGAAAGAGGCCAGACAUCCUCAAGUCAGAGGUGAUCAUUCCCAAGAUGGAUUCCUCCGUGAUGCAGGUCACUAUCCCCUCCUGCUCCAACAGGGGCUCCACGUCUCCUAGCCGCUCGCGUAGGGUCAAGACCCGUCACCGCAAGCCUGGCAAGGGCAGCAGCGGGGACCUUGCCGGCCUGAAGGCCACUCAACCCUCUCCCGACGGGGAAAACCCUGCCCAGGCCAACAGUUCCAGCACGGGCCCCUCCAAGCAGCUCCAGGAACCCAGCGUGGCCCUGCGGGCCCUGGGCCACGAGCAGCAGCAGAGGCAGCUGUCCUCCUCCAGCCCGGACCUCAUCUGCACCACACUGGCGGCUGACGGUCAAGGGAAAGGAGAACCUACUGUUGGGGGGCUUGAGAGGGGCGGCAGCCUGAGCGCCUCCGCGGGCCUAGGGGGGUCCGAGGGGGGCGUGGGGGGUCUGGAUGACCUCACAGAGACCACCCCACGCAGCGACACGCCCAGCGAGGACGCAGCCUCGUUCCCCUUCUCUAGCAGCCCAGACUCGCCAUGUGGAAGAGGGGCGGCCGCCGGGAGGGGGUCUGUGCUGGGCGGCCCACGCCUGCCCCACGAUGGGGAUGAUAAGGAAGAGGGAGUGAGUGGCAUGAGGUUACCCCGGGGGGCAUCAGGCCAUCUCACUCCCUCAGCUAUCCUGUACAGGGCGGCCAUCGCACGCAAACAGAGGCGUGGCGUGUCUUCAGAGGAGGAGGAGGGGGAGGUUGACAGCGAGGUGGAGUUGCCACGGAGACGACGUCCGACCAGCAUCACCAAGUGCCAGUUGGUGUCUACCUUCAGCUCGGAGAACCUCUCUGUGUCGGAUGGCGAAGAGGGCCACACCACCGACCACUCCCACAGCGGCACGCCGGACGUCGUCAGCACCAACACGGACGACCGUCUGGGCGACCGUAGCGAUGACCUCCUGUCGCAGGGGUCAGAGAUCCCAGCAGACAACACUGACCCGGUGCAGGCCUCUGGCGGGCUGUCUGAGAGGGAGGGAGCCCUGGGCCAGGUCAAAGCCCUGCUGGAUGCUUCACAGAAUCCUAAUGAGAGUCGGGCCCUGUGCGACGACUCGGACUGCGACAGCGCUGAGCUCGACCAGUCAGGAAGUGGGGAGCCCAGUCGUCCACCCAGCGCUGGGGCCUGGGCACCUCCAUCAGGGUACCCCUCUGGGCCCCAACAAGGGUCUCCUCAGGGGCACCAGACAGGGCCUCCAUAGAGCCAACACACUGGACACUAUAGAACGACAGCUACCUUACAGUAAACAACCAUCACAGAGCCUACCUACGCCAGUAUCUAAAACAGGACUUCACUGAUUGUGAUGAGUGGUCACAUCAACUGAGCU